UGCUAUUCAAAAUUUAAUCCAAUCACCAACAGCUUUGAACUUGCUCUAUGGCCCCUUUCUUCCUACGCUUUCUCCUUAUCUCCAUAGUCAUAUGCUUCUCCUUUUCUUUCCACUCUCCAAAUGAAAACUCAUUCCACUCUAUUAAAUCUUUCCAGAAUGCUUCCAUUAAAGACCGGAUUUUUGAGCUUGCUAAUGAUCACUCCACGGUCAAUUGGAUGAAGAAGGUCAGGAGAAAAAUUCAUCUGAACCCUGAACUUGCAUUUCAAGAAUUCGAGACCAGUAAGCUCAUUAGACAAGAACUUGAUCAGCUUGGUGUUCCUUAUCAAUGGCCUGUCGCAGGAACCGGUGUAGUGGCUGCAAUUGGAUCUGGUUCGCCGCCUUUUGUCGCUUUAAGAGCUGAUAUGGACGCUUUGCCUAUUCAGGAAUUGACUGAAUGGGAGUACAAGAGUAGAAUAGAUGGGAAAAUGCAUGCCUGUGGCCAUGAUGCGCAUGUUGCGAUGCUUCUUGGCGCUGCAAAGAUUCUGCAAGAGUUGAGGCAUACAUUGCAGGGAACUGUUAUUCUUAUAUUUCAACCAGCAGAGGAACAAGGGCAAGGUGCAAAAGCCAUGAUUGAAGAAGGGGUGCUUGAUAAUGUGGAGGCCAUUUUCGGAAUGCACCUGGUUCAAAGGUAUCCAACUGGAGUCGUUGCUUCUCGGCCUGGAGAAUUCCUUGCUGGCUGUGGGAGCUUCAAAGCAAAGAUAAGUGGCAGAGGGGGUCACGCCGCCAUUCCUCAACAAUCCAUUGAUCCAAUCUUGGCAGCUUCAGCUUCAGUAAUUAGCUUGCAACAGAUAGUUUCAAGAGAGACAGAUCCUCUAGAUUCUCAGGUGGUUUCUGUGUCCAUGAUAAAUGGAGGAUCCGCAUUUAAUGUGAUACCGGACUCGGCCACAAUCGGUGGAACUUUCAGGGCUUUCAGCCAGAAGAAUUUCCAUGCACUGAGGGAAAGAAUAGAAGAGGUAAUUAAAGGGCAAGCAGCUGUACACAGGUGCUCUUCUCAGAUUGAUUUCAAUGGAAAUGAAAAUCCCACAAUUCCUCCAACCAUAAACGACGCUAAAAUCCAUGAACAUGCACGGCGGGUUUCAAUUGAACUAGUGGGAGAAGAGAACGCUCAAGCAGCUCCUACCUUCAUGGGGAGCGAAGAUUUUGCAUUCUACCUGGAAAAAGUGCCUGGAUCCUUCUUGCUUUUGGGCAUAAGAAAUGAGAAAAUUGGGAGUAUACAUCCUCCACAUAGCCCUUAUUUCACCGUAGACGAGGAUGUGUUUCCCAUUGGAGCAGCCAUACAUGCAGCCUUUGCGUAUUCUUACCUUUCAAAUUCAACAGCAACUUUGAGUUCUUACUGAUUAUGAUUCAAAGGUUCAGAAUAAUUUGAUUUAUUUUUCAGAUUUUGAUUGCUCUCUUCAGAAGAUGAACAAUCAUUUUUCUUCAUGUAGAGGAGGCCUUUAAUCUUUACACAAGGCUUUGUAGAUUGGAAAAUUAGAAAAUUUUAAUGUGAUAUCAAUUGUAUAUCUGUGAUUACUUGCGAACUUCUUUCAUUAACACAGAAUCUAAUUUUGUCAUCA